UCAUUACAACAGCUAGCUCUCUAGAUGUUCACAUUCAUUCAAUCGAGCAUUUAUAAACUUGGAAUCUACUUUUACGGAAUUGAAUUGGAAGUUGUUUGAGAAGUUGUGAGGACUUUAUGUGUACAUUAAUUGUUAUCUUUGUUUAGUCAAUACUCACUAUAGUUGAUAUAUUUACUAAAGACAAUCAUGAGUGAUGACGAGAGCAGAUCCCCUUCCCCUGUUGUGAAAGAGGAGGAUAUGAAGGGUGCAACGAAGAAAAGUACCUUGCCCACAGAUGAUGUCAAAUUUGCAUCUCAGAUUCAGGAUGCUGUGUGUCAUGUCUUGAAAGGUUACGACUGGUCUUUGGUAACAACCCCUGCCAGGGCCGGGGGAGACAAACGUAAACCACAUAUCAAGAGACCCAUGAAUGCUUUCAUGGUUUGGGCCCAAGCCGCUAGAAGAAAAUUAGCCGACCAAUACCCACAUCUUCAUAAUGCUGAACUUAGCAAAACUCUUGGAAAAUUAUGGAGACUUUUAAAUGAAGACGAGAAGAAGCCGUUUGUCGAGGAAGCUGAACGACUACGAGUACAGCACAAAAAAGAUUACCCGGAUUACAAAUACCAACCACGUCGCCGUAAGCCGCUAAAAGGACAACAACAAGGCAAUGAUAAUAAUAGUCCUUUACCACAUGGGACCAUGUACAAACCCCUUGGAGAAUGUUCCUCGCCUAGUGAUGAUUGCUCCAGUGAAUGUUCGAGUCAACCCGGAGGAUCAAACGGCCCUCCAACACCACCAGCCACACCUAACCAACACGAAGCCUUAAACCUAAAAUGUAUAUAUGAUAGAAAGGCUCGUAUGAUGGCAGCUCAUGGUCACUCUGGUACACCAGGAAUCGAUUUCAGCCAUGUGGAUUUACGAGAUUUAAGUUCAGAAGUAGUAGAUCCUUUUGAUGAUCUUGAUCAGUAUCUACCACCAUCUGUCCAUCCUAUCACAUCUCAAAGUUCAUCGGCACAUUACAGCCAGUACGCCAACCAACAUAACGUACCAUCCACAGCAGCAACUAGUUGGACAGCAUCUUACCGUGUAACAACAGCCAGUGGAUGUAAUCAGCCACCCUAUAUACCAAACGGAUCGACCAACAAUACCGUCUCCUCCAGCUCAUAUGACUCCAACCACUCCUCCCCUUCCCAGACACACCACGGCUCAUCUCCACCUACAGCUCUAAAUGCAUCACCCUACAGCAGCCCACCAGAAUGUAAAUACAGAGAUGAAGAACACAAUUCUCUAAUUAAAUUGGAACAGUUAGCUCCUGCUCAUCAACCACAAGGGUAUCGAUGUGAUCCAAAAUUCGAUACUUAUGAUUCGCCACCAAGUAGAUAUAACAUGGACAAUCCUUUACCUUACGGAACCAUGCCAAAUCCGUACAUGGCAUCAUCUGUGCAACAGAUGUCCUCGACACCAGGUUACCAGUACACCAUGGGACUUCACCGGCAAAUGUUCAACCCUAUACCCGCUGCUGUACCCGGUGAACAAAACUGGGAAAGAUUUACGUGAAGUGUGUAAAGCCGCUACAGGUGGUUAGAGAGUGAACUGAUCUCAGUCCCUAGCACUGCAGCAUAAUACCGGUGAGAGGUAGAUAUAGCCAGUUGUGGUGGUAUCCAAUUCCCUCAGCGACCAGCAUAGUAUUAUUAUAUACAUGAACUUAAAGUCGCAACGUCUGCAAAGUGCUGAACCCGAGUUAAUACUACGUUGUGAGAACGUGUUACCUACUCAUAUGUGUAAAGUGUUGGAUCCGAACAAUUUAUACUAUCUAUAUGGAGAAUUAAGUAUUACAGACUAUUUAAAAGUCGUUUAUAGUUUUCUUCUUAGUGUCUCUUGUAUAAAAUUUAUCAACUUUCUGUGCCUUUAAAAGUAUAUUAUAUUUUUGUGUAUAUAUUAUCAUAUAUGAACAUCUUCCAUCCAGUAUAUUUUGUAAAAGAAAUACGUAUUUUUCUAUGUUUUCUUGUUAUUCCACGAGUUCAUAUGAUAUUAACACCAUGUUAUAAUGGAUCCAGAAAUGACGCCGAAGUCGUCUCAAAAAUUAACGUGCAUCUAACGUGUAAUAAUACCCCGUUUAGUUACAUCAAAAAGUAUAAAAACUCAUAUCUGUUUUUAGAGUGACAUUAAGAUUACUCAAGUGAUUUUACACGAAGUUAGUGUCCUUUGCGAGACGUGAAAAAAUAACCCAAAUAGUUGUGUGCCGUGGCCAAUGACUCACGCUUGAUUCUCGGCCACUGAAUCAUAAUAGUUAUGUCUUCAUGAAAUGCAAAGCAUGCAUUCAAACUGAACAAGUUUAAGGGCAAAUUCCAUGGCUAUCAUUGGGUUUAUUACAACGACUCCUCUGAUCUCAACACUAUUGCCUUAAUUAAUAAGUAAACUUACUGUAUUAAUUAUGAUUUUUAUAUUAGAAUAUUAACAUUUAAUUACUGCUUCCUGAUAGACUAAAGUUUUUUAAAUAGAUAUUUUUUGUAGCUGUUUUUAGAUAAUUACUUACAAAAUAUUGCUAUGCAAAGUAGAAGCUUCAAACAAGUAUUUUAAGAUCUCGAAUUAUUAUUAUUAUUAUUAUUAUAUUUUAUGUAAUUAUAUUACUUAUUAAUAUUAUUAAUUAUUAUUACUUAUAAUACAUGUACGAUAAAGACAUAUAAAUAUCAUUACAGUAAAAUUGUAAGAAAUUCUAAAGGUUGUAACCAAAUUGGAAUUUCCUGUAAAUAGUUUAGAUUGUUGCUAUCAAAAUUAAAAUAAACGAUUUAUACCUUU